AUGGGAAACAUCAAUGGAAAACAAACAUUUUAUGAUAAAAAGCCACUUGCUCGUCGAUUAACAAAAAGAAAGAAGAAUUCAGGUUCUCACGAUAUUCCAGCUCUUCAAAAUAGAUAUACAGGUGUACCAGUGCAUCAUUUUACAGAUAUAUUUGAUCCAGGGACGAAUCUUGUAAGCAAGUCAGAUGAGUUUUGUUCUCUUCCUAAAUGCACUAAAACGAAAAAUCCUGUUUCAUCUAUGUAUAUAGAUAUAUCGGAUAUUCAAUUACCUGUUUAUGGAAAGAAAGAUGUUCUUAAACCUCGAACUCAGCAUCCUUCUAGGAGAUACCGAAUUGAUCCCAUUAAUAACCGAAUGUUUUACCAGUAUUUUCCAUCAAGACCUUUUCAUAGACAGAGCAUUUCGUAUACACUGCCACCUGCUACAUCAGCUCGAUAUGGCCCAUCUGUUUCCAAUAUUUCUCGAUACAAUACUUGCACAACAUCUGCUCUUGUUUCAUCUGAUGAAACAAUGCCCGCUCCACCAUCUUUUUCUACACAUUUACCUAAUAAAAGGCUAGCUUCUCCGUCAAAUAUUGAUUUUGGUCAGAUUUCACCUGGCGUACUAAGAGUAGUAAAUGGUCUUCCUUCACCUUGCUCUUCUGAUGAUGAGUCUUCACCACAACCAUUUUCUCAAAAUAAAUCACGUCCUGUUUCAAUAGAAAAAGAAACUUUAAGGCAUUUAGUUGGAUCUGAAUCUGAAAAUACAAUGCCUCAAGACAUACUUGAACAAACAACCUCAUGUUCUAGUACAACUGAACAGUUAUUAAUGGAAUAUUAUAGUAAUAAAGAUAGAGGUGAAGAGUAUUUUGAUAUAGAAGAUGCUUCAGAAACUGAAUUACAAUUAAAUUGCUUUUCUGAUGAAAAAAUAAAUUAUGAUUCUAUUUUUAAUUCAAAAAAUAUAAAAUCAAAUUAUCCAAUACACCAAAUCGAAAAAACAAUUGAACAUGAGUCAUCUGUACAAGAUACUUAUGAAAGUACAACGGACUAUUCAUUUAAACAUUUACAAAAACAAGAUAUAUCAUCUAACAUACAGGAACAUUUACCCGACAUUUACCCAAAAGUAGAUUCAGAUGAAUAUACAUUUGAUUUUUUACUAAAAAGACCCAAGUCUCAAGUAAAAAGCGAUUUUUAUGACCAACAUACACCCAAAAAUACUAAACCUUAUUCAGCCUUCAAUACUCUCGAAAUACCACCAAUUCCUAGCAUUCCUAGUCUUUUUGUUUCGGAUCAAAGGAUUACUAUUUCAGGAUAA